AUGCGUGGCCUCUUCGUGCUCUCCCGUGACCCUGAUGGCGGCGACGAGACCAAUGAGGACUACAUCAACGACGCAACAUGGUUCAACGUGAUGCACCACACCUACGUGACCCCACUUGGCCACGACUUCCUCCCCCAAGAGACCGCACAGCACCAUCUCACACACCUCCUCCCGCUCCUCCGCAUUGCGCUCACCGAGGCUAGAGUCGUCCCUGUCGACCUCGCAUGCGUCUGCUACACCAAGGGACCCAACAUGGGCGGCCUGCUCCAGGUCGUCGUCGCCACGGCACGCGCCCUAUUGCUCCUUUGGCGGAAACCGCUCAUCGCUGUCAACCACUGCAUCGCACACAAGAUGGGACGCGCAUGGUCCAUGGAUCCUAUCGUGCUCUACGUCUCCAGCAGGAACACGUAG